AUGGAAGAAUCUACAUCUAUUAACAUUGGAGGUAUCAAUGAUGAGAUACCAAUGUCAACAAUAAGUUCACCUCAGAUAUCCUCUAAAAAUGAUGAUACAAAGAUUGAUGUAUUCAAAUCCACAUUUGAGAAUAAGAUGGACUUUACGUUCCAUGAUAUCAAUCAUCAUGUUACAAUCAAGGAGAAGGGGAAGGGUAGGAAGAAGAUAACAAUGGAUAAACAGAUAUUACACAAUGUCAAUGGACUUGUUAAAGCUGGUGAGAUGAUGGCAAUUAUGGGUCCAUCAGGUGCUGGAAAGACAACAUUGUUGGAUAUCCUUGCACAUAGAAUAUGUAUCAAUGGCACUGGAGAGAUGAUGUUAAAUGGUACACCAGCCACAUAUAAAAUAUUCAAAAGGAAUAUUGGCUAUGUCACCCAACAUGACACCCUGUCCCCAUCAAUGACAGUGAGGGAGACACUUAGUUUCUAUGCCCAACUCAAGAUGCAAAGAGAUAUCCCUUUGCAGGAGAAGUUGAUAAAGGUGGAGGAGAUUAUUGGUGAGAUGGGAUUGAAGAGAUGUGCCAAUACAUUGGUUGGUAAUGAUAAGAUCAGAGGUAUAUCUGGAGGUGAAAGGAGGAGAGUGACAAUUGCUAUAGAGUUGUUGACUGGACCUAGUAUCCUGUUCUUGGAUGAGCCCACAAGUGGAUUGGAUGCAUCAACAUCAUUGAGUGUGAUCAAGGCCAUUAGAAGACUGGCCAACUCUGGUCGUACAAUCAUAUGUACGAUCCAUCAACCUAGAUCAAACAUAUUUGAUCUAUUUGACAAGUUACUCCUAUUGGCCGAGGGCUCAACCAUAUACUACGGCUUCACAUCCAGUGCCGUGACCUACUUCAAUCAACUUGGAUAUGAGUGCAAGGACACUGUCAACCCAGCUGACUUCUUCAUGGACUUGAUCAACACUCAGAUUGAGGACGAGAAUGAUGACUCCCCACCAACAUUCACUUAUGAUGAUGGAUCGGAGGAUAAGAAAAAGAGGAGAUUAACAACGGAGGAGGUGGCAAGAUUGAAGAGGUAUUAUGUCCAGAGUAAGCAGAACCAGUACUUGGUCAAUACUUUGGAGGAGAUAAAGAAGUCAUCAGCAGGAAAUGAGUUGUCCUAUCACAAACACAAGAAGGCCAAUGGAUUGACUCAAUUCAAACUGUUGCUACACCGUGAGUUAUUGAACCUCAAGAGGAAUCCAAUGUCCAAUCGAGUCCAAAUAAUGUCAUCCAUCAUGAAUGGAUUAUUAUGUGGACUUGUGUUCUACCAACUUGGCGUCGGACAAUCGACCAUCCAAUCCAGGACUGGUGUACUCGCCUUCAUUAUCAUGGGUAUCGGUUUCCCAUUCGUAAUGCUCACAAUCCAAGUUUUUCCAGAGAUUAUAACAAUAUUCAUGAAAGAUAGAGCAUCAGGAGUAUAUACUACACUACCAUUCUUCAUUGCCAAGUCCACUAUUGACUGUGUCAUUGCAGUCAUUUGCCCAAUCAUUAUGGGCACUAUAGUAUACUGGAUGUCAAAUGAGCGUGUGUAUCCAUUCUACGCCGCAGCACCAUUCUUCAAGUUCCUCUUGGUCCUCGUGAUGGCCAGUCAGAUCUCACUGUCAAUGGGUGUAUUGAUAUCCAGUGCCGUACCCUCAGUUGCCGUUGGAACAAGUGUAGGACCACCAUUUGUAAUUUUCUUCUUUCUGUUCAGUGGCUUCUUCAUCAACUUGAGCGAUGUGCCAAGUGGAUGGAUCUGGGCACCCUACAUCAGUUACUUCAAAUAUGUGAUUGAGGCAGCAGUCGUCAACGAGUUUGAGAAUGUUACAUUCACAUGUACUGCCAGUCAACAGAUUGGCGGAGUGUGUCCUACCCAGACCGGCCAACAACUGAUCGAUCACAUGAACUAUGAUGUCAACAGCUACUGGCGCAACAUAUGGAUCUGUGUGCUAUUCAUCAUUGGCUUCCGAGCGAUGACAUAUGGUGUCCUUUCAUUCAAGAGUCGACCGAUCAAGUUCACAAAGUCUGUCACCAAGAACCAUUAA